AACUUACUUCGGAGCAAGAGGCGUCUACUACUGCUGCGGUUGCUGGCGGUGUGUCAUCUGCAAUUAUUCUUGUUGCGUUAGGUGUUGUUAUUGGAUUCUUCUUACUUAAGAGAAGGAAAGCUUCCGAAAAAUCCACUUCCAAACAAAGUCAGUUCUCGCAUCUGGAGACGAGACCGAAAGAACCUCGAAGGUCUAAUCUAUAUGGACAUGAAAACAGAUCAUUCGGUGGAGAAGAAGAAACAAGUAUGAAUGCAACAGGAGGGAAUGAUUAUUACAGUUUCGGUGAGCAGUUUAUGGGUAUAAGAAUAUACGAGCUCUGGGACUAUAUCCACGAGAAAAUGGAAAACAAAUGUGAAAAGCUGUUUGAAGAAUUUAAGACGUUGCCACAAGGGCUUGUUCAUAACUAUUAUUCAGCCGAUAACCUUGCUAAUAAGGGAAAGAACAGAUACAGGGAUAUGUAUGCAUAUGACCAUAGUCGUGUAGUUUUGGAAGACGUCGAAGAAGGUAAAAAUACCGAUUACAUCAACGCGUGUUAUAUUGAUGGAUAUGAAAAAGUAAAAAAGUUUGUGGCUUCACAAGGUCCAACAAAACAGAUGAUUGAGGACUUUUGGAGGAUGGUUUGGCAGCUGAAGUCAGAUAAAAUUGUCAUGCUCACCAAUCUGAUUGAAAUGGGAGCGACAAAGUGUUUGCAAUACUGGCCAAAGGAGGAAGAAGAAGAUGAGUGCACAUAUGGCAAUGUUGUUAUAAAACUCCUGAAAACGGAUAAAUACCUUGACUAUAACGUUAGAUACUUCGAGGUCGUGAAGAAUGGUGAAGCACCCCGUAGGAUCCGACAAUUCCAUUUCAAGUCUUGGCCAGACAAGGAUGUUCCUGACAGUACAUGGUGCCUCGUCAACUUCUGGAGAGCUGUUGAUACUAACGCUCCAUCAAAAGCAGGUCCCAUUGUUGUCCACUGCAGUGCUGGUGUUGGUAGAACAGGGACCUUUAUUGCCCUAGACAACUUGGUUAAUCAAGCAAGAAAAGAAGGUAGUGUGCGCCCGCUACAAACUGUGCAAACAUUAAGAAGGCAACGAGUCAACAUGGUUCAGACUAGAGAGCAGUACGUAUACGUGCAUGAAGCAGUCGCUGACGCCCUGUUGUUUGGUACACAUAUCGUAUGGGCAAAUCAGUUCGAAGAAAUGCUGACAUUCAUGUUAGAGAAAGAAAAGGGUGAUACUAGACCAAGACUACAAGUACAGUUUGAGCUUAUUGAAAAGAGUGUGGCGAACGCCUCGUCUGAUGUUGCGGAGAGUCCAGAAUAUUCAAAUGUUGAGACUAUAAUGUCUGAAAGUGACGCAUACAGGCCAAAACUGAAGAACAGAGGCUCCAAAUGUGUGCAACAGCUGAGUGCCAUAUACAUCUCUAAUUACAAGGGAAAGAGUACAUUCUUGGUGUCGAUGUCCCCGGAUCAAGGUACAAUGGAAGAGUUCUGGUCUCUAGUUGACGACAGCAACAUCAAAACAAUUAUAAUGCUGACAGAGCAGUCGACGACAUGUUACAGGGCUAGUUGUGAACUAGGAUCGGGUGCAAACAACGACAACAAAUUCAGUGUCAACAAAAUUGAAGAAAAGAUCAGAAAAGGCUACACAGAAAGGACCUUUACUUUUAAAGAAAGUGGUAGAGAGGAAGAGGAAGACCUUACAACAGUGAAACAGUUUGAACACACAGCAUGGAAGGGCAGAUACCCGGUUCCUGGUGACACAAAGUCCCUCCUAGACAUGAUAGAAUCUGUCCAAAAGUGGCAGCCACAUUUGUCUGAGUCUCAGCCUAUACUGAUUCACUGCAGUGACGGUUGUUCAAGAUCUGGUAUAGUAUGUGUACUCCUGAAUGAGUUACAGAGGAUGAAGUAUGAAGGAGGUCACAUCAAUAUCGUGGAGUCUGUAAAGAUGAUGAAGAAAAGACAGAGUCACCUGAUCAGCAAUUAUGAACAAUACAAGUUCUGUUUCGAUCUGAUGAUGGCUCACAUCCAGAUGUCGGAACUGUACCAAAACCUGUGAAGAUCUUCAGUGAUAUAUGCUAUGAAAAUGACUACGUAUAAACAAUAUGUUGCAUUUGUACACAUACGAUCAUGUUUCAAAUGUAACAAUUGUAUGUUAAAUUCAGUUUGCUUGUAGAUAGUUCUUUAGUUUUGAAGGAAACAAUUUAUUUGUUAGAUAUAUUUAAUCAGAGUUGGGUAUGUGGGUUUACGUUUUCCUUUUUAUUAUUUCAAUUAGACGGUUUUAGUUUUAUCGUUGGAGAUAUGCGGAUAAAUGUGUGGAAAUGCAAUGUGUAAGUGGAUGAUUUAUUUAAUCAAACGAGUUCUUAAUAUAUGACAAUCAUAUACCUGUUUCACGAGGUCCGUCUUCCUUAGUAGUUACUUUUUUCAGUGUGAAGUAUGAUUUGAAGAUAACUGUCAUCAUGAUGAAUAUUAUGCAUAAUAUUAGGUUACUGCUGAUGUGCAUCGUUUCUUAAUAUGUUUGUAUGUUACGUUACGUAUUUUAGUGAGCCAGUAUCACGUGUGCGAUAUUAUUUGCAACGAAGUACUUUUCUAUUUCAAUUGAUUUUACUUGCUUCGGGAAAUAUUUUUGUUGAUUUCGGACGCCUGUGAACGAUGUUUACGUCAGUUAGACACUGGUUUUAUUUGCACAUUUCUUUCUUAUAGCAGAUGUACCUCUUCAUGAUUUAAAUGUUACGGAUUUGUCUUAAACACUGGUGAAGUAUUUAACAAGCUGUGUCAAAAUGAUUAAAUGUGAAGAAAGAAAUAAUUUAGGUCGAACAAGUCUUUCAUCUUUCAGUGACAGCUUCUAACGUAACCAUUCGGGCACAUUUUGAUGAUAUUUCUUUUGACUUCAUGUAUCUUUUGUCAUUAUUUGCAAUAUGACAUUGUUUUAGUAAUCUUUUUGCCAAAUUUCGAUACAUAUUUGAAAAAUGUCCAUAUGGAACCGUAACCUUUAAAUCAUGUGCACUAAAACUGAAAUAGUAAAACUUUCAGUAAUAUGUAUGUUCAAACGAGUAUGUUCAGUCGAAUUGAAAUUCAUUAUCAAAUCGUGUAAUUCUCCUAGUUAUUUAUUGUAAAAUAACAUUACUCUUGACGGAAAAGUGCUCU